GUUAGGAAUAAUAUGUAGGAAGGAUUAUAAUUUUAUACUUACCUUUAACAAUCUACAUUUUAGGUACUUAACAACACAAACUAUGUCAUUUUUAUAAUUCUUAGGAACUGCCUCACCAAAACGGUAAGUAUAGAAGUUGCGUUAUAUUUGUACCAAGAUAAAGGAAACGACAUCCUAUCCAAUAUCCAUAGACCAAGUUCGCGGAGCCCCCACUACUUCUCGAGCUAAUGAUGCUUGAAAAAUCGGCCUUCACCGAGCUUCAUAGCAUUUCAUACCGCAAGAAUGUACGAAACAAUAGAUUAGUGAUGAUUGUCUGUGGUUGCCGCCCAGCAGGGGUGGCCAAUGGGGGCGAGGGGCUCUGUUGAGGCCCCGCCCAUACGGAGGCCCCGGCCCGCCCUCGCUACCCCUCGGGAGGUCAUUGUGGAAGCCUGACUUGACCGAGGACACAGCCUACACUUUCGGGGAUCCUUUCGGAUCAUGGAGAAGCCGGAGUCGCUGUGCCGCGUGUGCGGCGACAAGGCGUCGGGCAAGCACUAUGGCGUGCCGUCGUGCGACGGCUGCCGGGGGUUCUUCAAGAGGAGCAUUCGCAGGAACCUGGAGUACGUGUGCAAGGAGAGCAGCCGCUGCGUGGUGGACGUGACGCGCCGCAACCAGUGCCAGGCCUGCCGCUUUAACAAGUGCCUCAGAGUCAACAUGAAGAAGGACGCGGUGCAGCACGAGCGCGCGCCGCGGGCCGCGCUGGCGCCGCACGGCUCGCUGCAGCGGCUGGGCUACGCGCUGCGCCCCCCGCUGCUGCUGCCCUCCUCCCCCCUCACCCUCGCCCCCUACCCGCUGCACCACCUCGAACCCUUCAGCCUCUUCAGCUCCUUCACGCCGGACGCGGACUUCCCCCGCGUGCCGCCGAGUCAAGCGCUGCUCGGGGACGGGUUCAAGCUGCCGCUGCUGUCGACGUAUGGACACGGCUACUUCCCCCCCGGACUGUAUCCGCCCGCCGGAAACGGAAACACGUUCUGCACUGAACAUGGAAGAGGUUCAGAAGACCCGUUGCUGUCAGCCACCUCCCCGGAGUACCACCGGGCGCGCGCGCUGGAGAAGGAGCCCGCAGCCACGGACAAGAUGAAGGAAGACGAGGUCACCAGCUCCGAGGAAGCGUACAGAGCUGAUGAUAGAGCUGAAGUCGUCAGUGUUAAAGACGUUCACCAAGACGACCACCAAUCACCGAAGAGCUUCGACCCUCCAGUCGUCCAUCACAUCACGCGCUCCGACAAGCCAACCUUCGACCCUUGCCUCACUCACGAGAACAUCUUCAGAGAUCUGUUCAGGAACCAUCAGAAGAUAGUGUUCCAGUCAGAGAGCAAAGACGGCGAUGGUAGGGGGAAGUUACUGGACCCUGCGAGCCGCUUUCUCAUGGCCACCAUCAGCUGGUUGAGGACGGUCACCGGAUUCCUACACAUGGCUAGGCGAGACCAGGAAAUGCUGGUCUUCAAUAACUGGCGGGAGAUCUUCAUCGUUGUGGCCGCUCAACUGUCGUUUUCGUUUGAAGAAAAUUGUACAACUUCUAAAGAUUCUGAUGCGAAAAACUUUAAUAAAUUAGCAGCGAUUGUGAAGAAAAUCGACAGAAGCAAUCUUGAUCAUGCCGAGUAUGAAUGGCUGAAGACCAUAUUGUUAUUUCGUUCAGACAACAUGGACGAGCCAGGCGCCUCGCACGCCUCCCGCCUGGUGGACCAGAGCGCCCUGAUGCUGCAGCAGCACAGCGCCGGCCGCGAGCCCUCGCGCUUCGCAAGACUCAUGCUGCUCGUGGGCGGGGUCUGCGGAGUCGCGGCGCAGGGGCUCCUGGAGCCAGUACUGUUCCCCGACAAUACAGAGGAAGACAUUCGGAACACGCUCGCUUGUAUUUUUUUGUACACCUCUGUCUAAGGUUU